AUGGAAGAUAAUGUUGUGUACAAAUACAGAACAUCGCUUCCAGUGGCACAGUUCAGCCGCGGCGACUUCUCCCUGUGGUCGGUGCUGAAGAACUGCGUGGGCAAGGAGCUCUCCAAAAUCACGAUGCCGGUGGUCUUCAACGAGCCGCUGUCCUUCCUGCAGCGGAUGCUGGAGUAUCUGGAGUACGCGCACCUGCUGCGGAUGGCCUCCGAGCAGAGCGACCCCGUCUCCAGGAUGGAGUACAUCGCCGCUUUCGCCGUGAGCGCUCUGGCGUCCAACUGGGAGCGCCUUGGCAAGCCAUUCAAUCCAUUACUCGGCGAGACUUAUGAACUCGAGCGGCCCGAGUUCAGAGCGGUUUGUGAACAGGUCUCCCAUCAUCCGCCGGUGUCCGCCUUCCACGCCGACAGUCCUCACUUCGUCUUCCAUGGUUCCGUGCAUCCGAAGCUCAAGUUUUGCGGGAAGAGCGUCGAGAUACAACCCAAGGGGCACGUAACAGUCGAGCUGCCAAGGUGGGGCGAGGCGUACACCUGGAGCAACGUGAACUGCUGCGUGCACAACGUGAUCGUCGGCAAACUGUGGAUCGAGCAGUACGGCGCGAUGGAGGUGACCUGCCACGGCGGCGCCGGCCUCACCGCCAGCCUCGUGUUCAAGCCGGCCGGCUUCAACAACCGCGACCUACACAGGGUCGACGGCUUCAUUACGGACGCAAACAAGAAGAAGCUGCGCUUCUUGUACGGGAAGUGGACGGAGUACAUCCGCUGCUGCAGCGCGUCCGCCCACGAGCAGUGGGCGCGCAGCCGGGGCGAAGACUCCUCCGCCGCCCACCAGACGCCCGCCCACACGCCCAAGAAGGUGCUCGCCAAGCUCAACAGCUUCAAGGUCGGCGCCCUGCGCUCCAUGUCCAUACAGGACACGGACGAAGCUGAAAAUUCCGAGGAUGUGCCAAAGCCUGAUGAGUCUUACAACAUCGACAUUCCCGGCUCGACCACGCUGUGGGAGGCGAGGCCGCGGCCGAGCAACAGUGCGCAGUACUACCAGUUCACCGAGUUCGCUAUGUCGCUGAACGAACUCGAACCUGACAUGAAGAGCCAGCUGUGCCCGACGGACAGCCGUCUCCGGCCGGACGUCCGUUUGCUGGAACAGGGCGACAUCGACGCCGCGGCCGCUGAGAAGACCCGCCUUGAGGAGAAGCAGCGAACUGCCAGGAAACUACUGAAAAAGAGCGCCGACGGCUGGCAGCCGAGGUGGUUCAGUCAAGGCACAAAUCCUUACACCAAACAAGAGGAUUGGCUGUACAAUGGUGGCUACUGGGAUCGCAACUAUCAACAUUUGAAAGACGUUGACAUAUUU